AUGAUUUCGUCCAUAUGGCAGCCGUCGACGCUGCCCAAGGCCGGGCGCCGCGGCCUCAUUUACUUCAUCUGCGGCAACCCCGGCUGCAUUGGCUUCUACGCCGACUUCCUCGAGGCCCUGCGCGGCAUGCUCGACUCGUCCGAGACGCACACGGCCUACGACAUUUACGGGCGCAACCUGCGGGGCUUUAGCGACGGCGAGCACGAGCCAUUUGCCCCCGGUAGCGGGAGCGAGCCGUGGGACGUUGACGGCCAGGUCGAGGCUGUCACGGCUGAUGUCGUCGCCAGAGCUGGUGGCCGAGACCGUGAGGGGGACGAGGGGGGAGAGGCGUAUGACCUGGUCAUCCUCACCGGUCACUCCAUCGGAGCCUACAUCGCCGUCGAAAUCUUUGACCGGCACCUCCGCAACCCAGAGCGCGCGCCGCAUCUCCGCCUGCGCCACGGCUUCCUCCUCUUCCCGACCAUUGCCUCCAUCGGCCUCUCCCCCAGCGGGCGCCACAUGCAGCUCUUGCGGCGCGUCCCCACGCUCGAGGCCCUGGCGCCCGUCUACGCCCGCCUGCUCCUGGGCUUGGUGCCGGGGUCCGCGCUGCGGUGGCUCCUCGAGACCGUCAUGGGCUUCUCGGCGCGCGCCGCCGACGUGGCCGCCGAGUGGCUCAAGGGCCGCGACGGCGUGCGCCAGGCGCUGCACAUGGGCAUCUCGGAGCUGGAUCACGUCUGCGAGGAUGGCUGGGACGAGGAGCUGUGGGGGGCUGCGACGGCCGAGGACGUGGUGCUCGACGGCAAAGAUGGUGGUCGUGAUGCCCUUCCGCCACGCUUCUUCCUCUUUUAUGGCAAGAGCGACCACUGGGUUGCUGACCAUGUUCGUGAUGAGUUUGUGCGGCGGCGGAUGGCGCAUGGGGAGAGGGGCGGGCGGACGAGUAUCAUGGUGGACGAGGGGAAUCUCCCGCAUGCUUUUUGCGUGACGGAGCAUAAUAGCUGGGUGGUUGCCAAGAGGGUCCACGGGUGGCUCGAGGAGAUUGAAGGCGGCAUGAAGAACUGA